AUGUUACGUCUUCUAUAUUUACUUUCAUUGGUAUUUAUGAAUAAUGCGAAUACAAGUCGUGUCAUUGGUGGAAAUUAUGCCAGUCCUGGACAAUUUCCAUAUCAGGUUGCAUUACAAUUAAAUGGUAGACAUCAUUGUGGCGGUGCUAUAAUUUCAGAAACGGCAAUAUUAACAGCUGCUCAUUGUACAAUUAAUCAGUCACCGCAGUCAAUGAUGGUAAUUGCUGGUACAACUGAUAUUCAAGAUACAGAUGGUAUAAGAAUUCAACCAAGUCGUUUUAUUAAUCAUCCACAAUAUUCAUCACAAACUAAUGAUUAUGAUAUUUCAAUUAUUCAAUUAAGUCAACCAUUACCAAUUGGAAAUAAUAUAAAACCGAUUAAUAUGGUAGAUGUUAAUGAUAAUUUUGAUGCAGACACUAUUGGUACCCUAAGUGGUUGGGGAGCUAUUGAUAGUAAUUUACAAUUACCUACUAAAUUGAAAUAUGCUAAAAUUCAACUUUGGAGUCGGGAUUAUUGUAAUCCACAAAAUAUACCCGGUAUCACUGAUAGAAUGAUUUGUGCAGGACAUCCGAGUGGGCAAAUCAGUGCAUGUCAAGGUGAUUCUGGUGGUCCAUUAACAGUUAAUGAAAAACUUGCUGGUGUUGUUAGUUGGGGUUUUGGAUGCGGUGCAGCUGGACGUCCUGCAAUGUAUACUUUUGUCGGAACUUUCAGACCCUGGAUUAAACAGACAGUUGGUGUUUGA